UUUCUACCAUUUUUGUUUUUAAAAAAGUAUGAAUAUAAAUGUACAUGCUGGUGUAUGGAUAGACAGUUUUUUAAAGUGUGUAUGUAAUAAGUGUAGUUGGGGAUUGUAAGUCAGAAGCAAAUGGGAGAGUUACUUUUUCCAUUGUGUUUAAGAUUUUUAAAGUAUGCAGAUAACUAUCUUUUCCCACAUUAAAAACCAUAGUUUUAAAAUUCACAAGUUAUGGGAAACAGUGUUGGUCUCCUUUGCUUCAGAACACGGGUUUUUGCCUAACUCCUCUGGCAUGAUUGUCCAUAAUAAGAAUCUCCAUAUACAGUUAAGUGUGUGGUUAGCUAUAGGGGAAGUUGUGACUUAAGUAGUCUUGUCUUCAGUGGUCCCUUUUGUCUCUCCAUGUUCACUCUUCUCCCUUAGUAUGUGUUAUCGGUAGGGAAGUCAUAUAUAAUGAGUAGGUGGAUAGUAACUCUAUAAAACAGUAAUCUAGGCUGUUUUUACCAAACAUUUGCAUUUUAAGUUUUUUAUUUCUAAUUGUAAAAUGGAAGUUGAUUCUUCUGAUAUUUCAGCCAUCUGGGAGGAGCAAGAGGUCUCAUCAUGCUAUGUAGAUCAGUAGAUACUUAACUGAGUGCCUAGUGUGUGCAAUGUCUUGUGCUGGUUGCCAGAGUCACAGUUAAGAACGAAACAUCCAGCCUGUCUUUGUGGAGCUGCCUAAGAUCUCCAUGAAGGUAACCUUAAAUGGCUUGAAUGUGUAUGAAGGAGGAUGAUAGGGAAGCAGCAGGAGCAUCACUAGUUCCUAGGGAAAGAACAUUCAGCUCUGAGGUUGCUAGAAGCUUAUUCAUAGGAGAUAGUUUGAGGCAGGUAAGUGUUUGCCAUCUCCCUUUUAAUAUUUCUGAGAGCUAGUGCUCACCCUCUUCCAGAAUCAGCCUGCUCAUUUCAGAACUCCUGUCCCCGUUCCUCAGUGCCAUCUCUGUCCUCAGGUUUGGCUUCUCCCUGCUUGCUCCUUUGUCUUCUGUCACCUAGAUAAAUGCCUGUUGCUAUCUUAGGAGUUAAUGUGAUUAGUAUCUUGCUAUAAAAGUUACUCUGUGAUCAAAUUUAUUAUGGAAAUUCUAGAAAGUAGAAGCAAGGAAAAGAAUCACUCCUAGUUACACUCCUAGAGGAAAAUAGCACUGUUAACAUUUUAAAAUUUUCUUCCAGGAUUCUCUCCAGAAUUUAUUCUAAGUAUGAUAUCUCAUUCUUUAAUGAUGUAUUAGGUAAGAAUGAAAGCCUUAGCUUGGCCAUAUUUGUUAAAAGUGCAUGCUCAUUCUUUGAGAUAACCUUGUACUUUUCUUGUCAAUGCUUUUAUUUUUAGGGAGAAUUUCAAAUGGAAAAGUAGAGGAGCACAAUGAACCUGCUUCCUUCCAUCUUCUGGAUUCAACAAUUACAAUUUGUGAUCAAUCUUUGUAUUAUCUAGUCCCCAACCACUUAACCUCUCCUUUUAUUUUGAGGCAAAUCCCAGACACAGUAUUUCUUCUUCCUAGUAUUUCUUCUAUAAGGGGGCAGUACUGGAUCUGCAACUCCUCCGAUACAAGUAUUUGGUACACCUACUGUGGGAGAGACAUAAAAAAUUUGUAUUUCAAUCUCUAUAUAUCUGCCAACUCCAUGAACUUUCCAAAGCGCAAAGAAGUUAUUUGUCGAGGAUCUGAUAGUGAUUUUUCUUUUUGCAGAGCUCUGAAGGGAGAGACUGUGAAUACAUCAGUAUCAUUCUCCUUCAAGGGAAUACGAUUUGCUAAGGGGCAAUACAGAUGUGUUGCAGAAGCCAUCAACGGGAAAACUGAAGAAAUGCUCUUUUGUCUGAAUAUUACUGCCCUACACCAUCCUGAUCUCAAUUAGAAUAAAUUGAGCAUAUUUUUAUUUUUCAAAGUAAAAAUUUUUCAAAGUUUUUGUUCUUAAUUAAAAAAAAAUUCUGCACAGGUAAUGAAAUCUCUGGAACCUAUUGACUCUGUUGCCGGCUGCUACUCGGGGACAGAGUGCCAGCACUGCUUCCGUGGGUUACUGCAGCCACCUCCUGGCUGAUCUUCCUGCAUCUACUCAGGAUUCCGGCUUUUCUCUACAACGGCAGUUUCAACAGUAUUUUCAAAAUACAGGUCUGGUCAUGUCACCACAAUGCAAAUGAAACAAAACAAAACAAAAACAAACAAGGACCUUCCUGUAGCUUCCUAUUCCUUUUGGGAUAAAGUUCUAAUUCUUUGGAGGACUUCAAAGACCCUGCCCAUCCUUCCUUUCUCCAGCCCGUUGUCCCAUCACCAUCCCCUUGCUUUCUGCUCCUGACUGUGCUGUAUUCCCUCCCGCCCCAGAACCUUGCCCACAGUUCCCUCUGCCUCAAUUCCACUCCUCCACUCUGCCACCUCCCACCCCUUCACCUCUGUAAAGGUUCUCUUUCACAGCACAGGGCCACUUUCUCAAGAAAUCUCCAGCAGGUAGUUACACUUUUGGUACCGGACAGAGGUAAGUCCCAAGUAAAAUCAUAGGGAAAUCAUAUAAUAUGUGGUCUGGCUACCCAUCUCCUGUGACUUUCUUGUCCCCACCCCAGAUCUUUUCUCUCCACCAGCCUCUAUUUCAUCCACAGGGUCAGCUUUCUCUGUGAUAAGCUUUUGUAGACAUGUGUCCCUUCCUUCCAGUACUUAAACCUUAUUUUGAUCAUCUGUUGCUAGACUAAGAUCUAUGAGUGCAAGCACCAUGUCAGUUCAGUUUUGCUCAUUACAACUGAUCCAGCACGUAGUACCUAGCACCCAGCACCUAGCACAGUACCUGGGCCUGAGUUUGCUAUGCAUCAAUAUUUAUUGAAUGCAUAAAUGAAUAUUUUCUUCUUGAAAAUGAUUCAAAUAAUAUAAAACUAUAGAGACCAAAAUAGUCAUGCAAUCAUUCAAGUAAUAUUUAUUGCUAUGUCAGGCCCUGUUCUAGAUGCUGGGCAUAUAGUAUUUAACAACCCAGACCAGAAAAUCCUUGCUAUCAAGGAGUUUUUAUUUUUUGGGGGGAGACUGACAAUUAAAUGAGUAAAUUAUAUAACACUUUACUAGCAUACAUAUUAUAUAAGUGCUAUGAUAAGAACCAUAAAGCAGGGUAGGGGGGUAGGGAUUGGGAUGGAAGUGAUUGUUGAAGUUUUAGUAGGGUGUUCGGGAAAGGCCUCACUGCAAAGGUGAUGUUUGAAGGAGUUGAGGAGCAAAUCAUGGGGCUUUCUCCAGGAAAGGACUUUGCAGGCUGAGGGAACAGCUGGUGCCAAGGGUCUAAAGUAGGAGAGAGCCAGAGGAGUUUGGGGAAGCGCAGCAAGCUGUUCAGAUGAGGUGAGUGAGGGGAGAGGAGGUCAGAAAAGUGUGGCGUGGGGCAGGCACGUGCGUAGGGUCUGACACACCACUGUUAGGAUUUUAGCUAUUGCUCUGAGAUGGAAAGCCACUAGAGGGUUCUGAGUAGAAUGACAUCAGCUGAGGUGCCAGUUUGUAUAUAUUAUGUCUUCCACAAAAAGCCAUGAUCUUUAUUCCAAUCUUGUGGGAUAUUGGGAUUAGGUUGUUUCCAUGGAGAUGUGACUCACCCAACUGUAGGUGAUAAUUUUGAUUAUAUUAAUUCCAUUGAGUUGUGGCCCUGCACAUUCAGCGUGGGUCUUGAUUAGUUUACUAGCAUCCUUUAAAAACACUGACACAGGUCUAGACACUUGCUGGCUUAGCUCAGAGAUGCUUGGAGUUGCGGACCCCUGAUGUUGGCUGAUGCUUAGACAUUUUGGACAGCGC